AUGCUGUCUCUACUGGGGCGAUCGAGCUCAUCGGCUUGUCGGCCGGCGGUGCUGAUCGUUGCCCAAACGCACGCCCAAUCCACAACACCGGCCACAACCCCACAGCACGAUCUUCCCGAGACCCGGAUUACCUCUACAACUCAAUUCAGAAAGGGGACUGGUGGAAGAGCUUCUUUCUCCGGAAAUGUCAUCACGGUGUUCGGUACUUCUGGAUUUAUGGGUCUCCCUGUUAUAAACAGACUAGCGAAGCAAGGAGAUCAGCUCAUCAUUCCUUACAGGUAA